AUGGCGAAAUAUAUCAAGUAUUGCAUUAUAAUUAUUACUAUACUAUCAAUUGGUUUCGUACAAAAAUCUAAACAAGAGCUUAUUAUGGAUUCUAAAAUUUAUACUAAUGUGGUCGAAGCAGUUCACAAUAUUUUUAAUAACACUUGUGUGAUAUACAUGUACACAGUUGAAAAUCCCAUGCAAGCACUGAAUCCACAUGAAGCUGAACAACUUAUGUCAAUUAUACUUUACACGAGUAAACUUCACGUUCGUUCUUUUGCUUUCGCUAUAAAAUCAUUCAAAAAACAAAUUGGAGAUGGAUAUUUCAAUUUGAAAAGGCCUUUGUUUAUUUUAAUAAAUGAUUCAGAAGCAUUGAGGCAACAGUUUUCAAAAGAAAUAGCUCCAUGGAUAGCUAUGGCAUAUAUCAACUGGUUGAUAUUUUUUCAAGAAGACACCAACAUCGAGACAUUUUUUGCCGACAUUUACGUACCUCUUGACUGCAUUUUCUUAAUCGUGCAAAAGAUGAAUGAUACUGAUACGUAUACACUUACGGAAGUUUAUCAUAUAUCCAAAGGUCGAGAAUUGAUAUCAAAGACUUUUGGUACCUGGAGUGAAAAUGACGGAUUAUCAAUAACCAAAUUAGCACUUUAUCAACGAAGGGGUAAUCUUCACGGGCAAUUGAUACGAGUCGCGACAGUCGAGGAUCCGCCAGUAUCGGUUAUUGAACAGGACAUGUAUGGGAAAAUGACGGGCAUCAGAGGUUUCUUUGGAACAAUAAUUCAAAUUCUCGAGGAAAAUCUCAACUGCACCGUUAUUUACACACCUAGUGUUGGUUGGGGUACAAUUCAACGAAAUGGCUCGUGGUCGGGAAUCAUAGGGAUGCUUGUUAGAAAGGAAAUCGAUCUCGCCGCAGCCGAAUUAUUGAUGACUUCCGAUAGACUAGAAGCUAUAGAAUUCACUACUCCCGUCUUUUCAACCAAGUGUCGAACAUUUAUCAAAAGACCACUGUUCACGGCAGUGAAGUGGACCGCUUACUCCGAUCCAUUCUACAGUAGCAUUUGGUUUUCGCUGCUUAUUAUUGUAAUUCUAUCAAGUUCAUUUAUACUAAUAGGACUCAAAAAUUCACCACUGCUCCAAGUUUACAAUGAAGACGAGGAGUCGCACAAUUUCUUCGAUACGUUCUUUUAUGCAUUUGGAGCACUCUGUGGACAAGGUCAUGAGACAUCCGCCGUCGAUUCAAUACGUAUAAUAAACGCUGUGGUUCACCUGACCGGUGUUGUAAUAUUGGCGGCGUACUCCGCAGCGCUCAUUAGCUUUUUGGCUAUUAAGGUUUUCAUUAUGCCAUUUACAACGAUGGACGGUCUGCUGGAAGACGGUUCUUACCAAUUAGGAACAGUUCGUGACUCUGCUGAUUACAAUUUUUUCCGAGAUUCAAGUGAUAAAACACUGAAAAGAAUGUUCGACGAAAUAAUGGACGAGGAGGAAAAUUUACCAAACCAUUAUCUUGAAGGCUUAACGAAAUUAUGCACGAAUGAUACCUAUGCUUUUAUGUCAACGGAUAACAUGUUUUCAAUACUGGAGCAUCAAGUACCUUGCACACUCGAAUCUCUGGACACGAUUAUGCAAAUGACUGCUGCUAUGGCUGUGCAAAAGAGAAGUCCGUUUCGUGGAAUUAUCAAUAACAAUAUUUUACUAAUGGGAGACAGUGGCGUUUUGCAAAGGGUAAUUGCAACCGAGUUAGUCGUGCAAGCUGCCAAGAAUCAAGAGAACUGGACGAGCGUAGAAAUCGUUGAUAUUUUGCCGCUGAUAAUACUUAUUCUAGGUGGCUCUUUCGUCAGCAUUCAGUUUCUCUUUAUAGAAAAAUUUCAACAUUCUCAAUUUUGGCAUCAUAUAAGAGACUCGAUUAAAAUUAAAUUCAUUAGACAACGUCUUGUUAGUAAAUAGAACAAUCUGUAAUCGAAAAGAAAAAAAAAAG